UAAAUGGAAGCCAGCCUGGCUGGGAACAGAGGAAGCUGAAAGUUGCUUCCCAAGCACUGGACUGCAGCCUCAGAGGAACAUGUUGGCUUUAGAUGCCCACAAAUGGGAACAGAAAUUUCAAGAGCGGAUGCAACAGGAAAUACCCUGGGUUAAGUGGACCCUGAAGUUGGAUAAGAACAUCACUCCAGACUUCCUUCCCCAGGGAUGGAUGCAGUACCAGCAGAGAGCAUUUGGCAGGUUUUUGUGUGCGCGGUGCAACCGAAGUUGGAUGUCUGCCCAAAUAAACAUUCUGUGCCACAUCUACUGGGAUCCUUGGAAAUCUGAAGGCCAGGUGCUUAUGCGGACUUUUGCUCAGAAGUGUCAGAAUUGUUCCAGUUCGCGAUUUGAAAAUCCCGAGUUCUCUAUAAAAAACAUCAGACGGAUUCUGAAAAAUCUGGUCCAGUAUAUCCUGCAUGUGUACUAUGGACAUGGUUUUGAGGAGAUAGUAGUGAUCUAUGAGGAGCCCUUGGAUAGGCCUUCUAGAAGAAGAAUCAACAUUGUGGGGUGCGGUGUAAGGUGCUCAUCAAGACAGAAAAGAAAGUCUUCCAAAUCUCUGCCUUCCCCCCAGGAGAGUUCCAGUUCCUUACCUCCUUUGGAUGAUUCACUUAUCCCUGAGCCCCAAGGAAACCUUACACUAGGCCAAAUGUUCAUGCUUAUCUUUAUAACAGUGUGUGCUCUUAUUUUGGGCCAGAUAUUAAACUUAUAAACUUUAAUUUUAAUGAACAUUCCUUGGAGAAACUCUAAAACAUGACCAACACAUGAAGGACCCAAUAAGAAAUAAAUGUGCUGUAUCAUUGAAA